CCUAAAGCAGACGGUUCUGGUGGUUUUUGCAGAGCUCCGAAUCCAGCCUCAAGAAGAAAAUGAUGAAGCGGAAAGGGAAAACGGAGAGCCCCUGGUUGAAACCCACCCGCAAACGGAGGCGGAGAAAUAAAAAGAAAAAAACCAACUUAAUAGGUCCUGACUCUUACAAGCCCCCUUCGGGGAGCGAGGAAGGAGCUGGGCAGGAGAGCAGCAUGGAGUACCUGGAGGUGCCUCUGCAUUCCUUGGAUCUGCGGGUGAAGGAGGCGCUGUCUUCGCCAUCAGAAGGUCUUUCUAAUGGUUCUGGGGCAAUGGAAACAGACGGUCUUCAAGAAGUGCCUCUCUGCAGCUGCCGGAUGGAAACUCCAAAAAGCCGGGAGAUCACCACGCUAGCCAACAACCAGUGCAUGGCCACGGAGAGUGUAGAUAAGGAGCUGAGUCGAUGCACCAACCGCGUGCUGAAGUACGAGCUGAUGCGCGCGUCGAACAAAGUCCAGCUCUUGGUGUUGUGCGAGGACCACAGAGGGAGGAUGGUGAAACAUCAGUGCUGCCCUGGUUGCGGCUUCUUUUGCGUGGCGGGCACUUUCAUGGAGUGCCAGCCGGAAAGCAGCGUCUCUCACCGGUUCCACCGGGACUGCACUUCCCACGUCCAAGGCACGAGCUACUGCCCCCACUGUGGGGAGGAGGCCUCCAAGGCAAAGGAGGUCACAGUGGCCAAGGCGGACACCACUUCCACCCUGCUGCUGACCUUGGAGCAGGCGAAACCAGGUGCUUUCGAAGGAAAGGCUGACACGACCACUGGAAGUUUCAGUGGGCCUGCAACCCAGCAACCUGAAGAAGUGAGAACUGAGAACUUGUCCAGCGAGAUGUUCGAUUUGGCUGGGACGUCGCUGUUCCCUAAGCCGCCUCCGGCUGGUUUAUCCCAAGGGCCUGUUAAAGAAACCUUGGAGAGCGCCCUGAUCGCCCUGGAUUCAGAAAAGCCGAAGAAAUUACGGUUUCACUCGAAGCAGCUGUACUUCUCAGCCAGGCAAGGGGAGCUCCAGAAGGUUCUCCUUAUGUUGGUGGAUGGGAUUGAUCCCAACUUCAAAAUGGAGCACCAGAGUAAGAGGACGCCUCUUCAUGCAGCCGCAGAAUCGGGACACGUGGAGAUUUGUCACAUGCUACUUCAGGCUGGUGCUAACAUAGACACCUGUUCUCAGGACCAGAGGACUCCCCUUAUGGAAGCAGCAGAGAAUAACCAUCUGGAAACUGUGAAAUACCUCAUUAAGGCUGGAGCGUUGGUAGACCCCAAGGAUGCUGAAGGAUCCACCUGUUUGCACCUGGCAGCGAAGAAGGGCCACUACAACGUGGUGCAAUACCUCCUGUCUAAUGAACAAACGGACGUCAACUGCCAAGAUGACGGAGGCUGGACGCCGAUGAUAUGGGCGACGGAGUACAAGCACGUAGAGCUGGUGAAGCUUCUCUUGGCCAAAGGCUCUGACAUCAACAUCCGAGAUAACGAGCAGAAUAUCUGUUUACACUGGGCUGCUUUCUCUGGCUGCGUCGACAUCGCCGAGAUUCUCCUGGCUGCUAAAUGCGACUUGCACGCGGUGAACAUUCACGGAGAUUCUCCGUUGCACAUUGCAGCCCGGGAAAAUCGCUACGAGUGUGUAGUACUCUUCCUCUCCCGCGGCUCCGACGUGGCCCUGAAAAACAAGGAAGGCGAGACUCCGCUGCAGUGUUCAAGCCUCAACUCUCAAGUCUGGGUCACUUUACAGAUGAACAAGACCCUGAAAGACUCAGCUCCAGAGAAACCCGCCCAGGUGGAGAAGAUACUAAGCAGAGACAUCGCCCGGGGUUACGAGCGGAUCCCGAUUCCCUGCAUCAAUUCGGUGGACGGCGAGCCCUGCCCGGUCAACUACAAGUACAUUUCCCAGAACUGCGUGACUUCGCCCAUGAAUGUGGACAGGAACAUCACACAUUUGCAGUACUGCGUGUGCAUAGACGACUGUUCCUCCAGCAAGUGCAUGUGUGGACAGCUGAGUAUGCGCUGCUGGUAUGACCGGGAAGGACGGCUGCUGCCAGAGUUCAACACGGCUGAACCUCCGCUAAUUUUCGAGUGUAACCACGCCUGUUCCUGUUGGAGAAACUGCCGGAAUCGGGUGGUGCAAAACGGACUCCGGACAAGGUUGCAACUUUUCCGGACGAGGAAGAUGGGCUGGGGUGUGAGGACGAUGCAAGACAUUCCGCUGGGGACCUUUGUGUGCGAGUGA